UGAGGACAUCAUGGCACCUGUAGUAAGCGACGGAUUUUUAGGGGCUUUGGAACGUUACCCAUAUGUUGCACUACUAUGCCAUGCACUGAGUUCGUCAGUUGUUGGGUUUUGUUUGAUUUUAAAGCUCCCCCAAAUUUUAAGUGUCAUCAAAGCUGGUAAUUCGAAGGGACUGAGUUUGCGCAGCAUAGCUCUAGAGUUAGCAAGCUACACAACAAUGUUGACAUACCAGUUUGCACACAGAUAUCCCGUAGAAAACUAUUUUGAAUACACAUUUCUUGUGGUUCAAGAUUUACUCCUAUUGUAUACUGUGUUAUCGCAGGAAGACAAGUUGAAUAGUACAGCAUUCUUGGGACUUGGAAUAUAUCUCUCCAUAUUCUCAACCUUUGCAUUUGGAGUUUGGCCAUCAUGGCUUAUGGCAGUUGCCAUGGGAAGUGUUAUUCCCAUUUCAUUGACAAGCAAAGUGCUCCAGCUGUGGAAUAUUUACCAGACCAAAGACUCUGGACAAGUCAGUCUUGCUACAUGGGUAAUAGCAUCAUAUGCAUGUUUUGCCAGGGUUUUUACAACACUUGUGAAGACAAGGGACGUGAUAGUGCUGACCAACUUGGCUAUAAAUGCAGUGCUCAAUUCAAAUUUGGUGCUAUGUAUCUGGUAUUUUAGGCCUUAUGCCAACAGUGACAAGAAAAGAAAGGAUUGAAUGAAACUGCAUUUUUAAAUAGGUUUAGAAAUGAAUGUCAUCUGAAAACUGCCAUUAUAUUUAAUUGUAAAAUAGACUACUGUGAACUGUAACAAAUAAUUUGAGGCUCAUUGGCUAUUGGCACCAAAAAUUGAAUAUUGCAAAAGUUGAACAUUUUUGUGUAAAAUAAUGCAAUGGUGCAGUCAUUCAGAUGCCUGGAUGGUCAGUGUGUCAUAUUGUUAUAAGAGUGGGCAGUAUUAAUUGGCAAUAGAAUUAAAAUUAUGCCUCACAUAUUGCUGAUACAUACUUAGACAGAGGACAAUAUGUUGGCAUGUUACAGUGUGUUAUUUGUUAAUUAUAUUAAGUUAUUUUAAGAAGUCAGUAAUUUAUUUUUGAAUGUUUGGAGAGAAAUUUACUGAGUAUGUAUAUGUAGUUGACAAUGUACAGUGUUGUGCUUAAUUGAAUUGGAAUCCAUUGUUAUGUCUCUGCAUUG